AUGAACACAAGAUUUAGCCGCCGUAGCUUCCCACCGUCAUUGGAACUACUACUACAUUGCAGUUGCAUGCCCAUCACCUUAACUUGCCUGCUGCCUGCGCCGCCAACACGCCCACUCUGCCUCUCCCUCCUGCAGUCAUGCACCUCCGUGCCCCAUUUCCUCCAAAUCCACGCCCAGAUUCUCCGCAACCGCCUCUUCGACGAUCCCUUCGCCGCCGCCGAGCUCCUUCGUGUCUCGCGUACCUUCCCGCUCGGCGGCACUCAUUACGCCCGCAAGCUGUUAUCUGAAAUCCCCCACCCGACCACCUUUGCCUGGAACUGCAUCCUUGGUGGCUUGGCCGACUCCCCUUCCCCCGCCUCGUCCCUCGCUCUCUUUCGCCGCAUGCUCUCCUCCGGCGCUAGGCCGAGCGCCCGCAACUUCCCUUCCCUCCUCAAGGCCUGCGCCCGCGUCGCCGCGCGCGAGGCCGGCGAGCUGCUGCAUGGCCUCAUGAUCAAGUGGGCGGUCGACCGUGACAGCUUCUCGACCAAUGGAUUGAUCUACAUGUACUGCGCGUGCCCAAGGGACGACCUGGGGCGCCGGGUGUUUGAUUUGAGCCAGGAGCGGGAUGUCGCCUCGUGGACUUGUAUGCUCUCGGGUUACGUGAGCUGCGGUCUUCCGGAUCGUGCAAGAUGCCUAUUUGAUGAAAUGCCCGUAAGGGGAAUAAUUACAUGGAAUGCGAUGAUUAAUGGGUACAUGAAGUCAGGUGAUACGGACGCUGCCAGGGAGCUCUUCGACAAGAUGCCCAACCAGAAUAUGGAGUGCUAGCGAUGAUAGGAGGGCUAGUGAUGAUAGGAGGGCUAGCGAUAAAUGGACAUGGAGCGGAGGCCUUGGAGCUAUUUGGCCAGAUGGAGAGGGACGCCGUGAAGCCUAAUGAGGUCACUUUCAUUGGUGUCCUGUGCGCUUGCAGCCAUGGUGGUCUGGUGGAGCAAGCAAGGCAGUGCUUUGAUUCAAUGAGGGCGGUUUAUGGGCUCAAGCCACAAAUCGAGCACUAUGGUUGUAUGGUUGAUGUUCUGGGGCGAGCUGGAUUCUUGGAGGAGGCUGUUUUUCUGGUGCAGUCCAUGGCGAAUGACAAUGCUGUGCUGUGGGGGAGUCUGCUCAGUGCAUGUUUGAUCCACGGGAAUGCCAAGCUAGGGGAAUACGUGGUUGAUCGCCUUGUUGAGCAUAGGCCCGAUGAUGGUGGUGUCUUUGUGCUGUUGUUGAACAUCUAUGCUGCUAGAGGGAGGUGGGAUGAUGCUAGAAAGACACGAAUGCUUAUGAAGUUAAGGGGUCUCAAGAAGAUUUUAGGUUGCAGCUCCACUGGGAUGUUCAUGGGAUUGUUCAUGAAUUCUACAUUGGAGAAUGCAACAGAAAUAUAUGACAUGUCGGUAGAGAUCAGCUCAGUUUGGCACCAAGGAAGAAGACGAGCAAAACCUGGGUCAUCACCUUGUCAGAAGAGACAACGCUGUGCUGUGGGGGAGUCUGCUCAGUGCAUGCUUGAUCCACGGGAAUGCCAAGCUAGGGGAAUACGCGUCGAUCGCCUUGUUGAGCUUAGGCCUGAUGAUGGUGGUGUUUAUGUGCUGUUGUCGAACAUCUAUGCUGCUAGAGGGAGACAGGAUGAUGCUAGAAAGACACGAAUGCUUAAGUUAAGGGGUCUCAAGAAGAUUUUAGGUUGCAGCUCCAUUGGGGUGUUCAUGGGAUUGUUCACAAAUUCUACGUUGGAGAAUGCAACAGAAAUAUAUGACAUGUCAGAAGAGAUCAGCUCAGUUUGGCACCAAGGAAGAAGACGAGCAAAACCUGGGUCAUCACAGUGAUAAGUUGUGGCAAUUAAUUGCUUUCAGGCUGAUUGCCACUUGGAAUUGUCAAGAACCUACAGGUACGCAUCAUUACCAUACUGCCUUUAAGCUCAUUUCUGGAUCUUAUGACAGAAAUCAUUGCGACAGACAAGUUUGUUUCCUGGACAGAUUAAGUCCACACACAUCCUACAGAUAUUAUUUCUUCGUUAUUAAUUAUAUAAAAUCCACAACAUUUUUUUAAUAGGAUCAUUGUUUCCUCGUUUAUUUUCAUCAAACGAGUAUAACAUGCAAGUGUGUUUCCUAGACUGUUUUGUCUACAACAUUUUGGUAAAUGAACAUGUCUUAUGUCUUGAGUAAGUGAAUAUUGGAAAAGAGUACAAAGGAAAAUGUUCAAUCAAAACAUAUAUUGUAAAAACCUUUUAAAUGACAGUAUUUUUUUUUUCAUUUCAUACACAU